CGUUGUUCUCGGUGUGUGAAUUGACAGCAGGUCGAAGGAGGAGAGACAGCAGGAAUGAAUCAUCAGGAGGAGACAGACAGACAGUCAGAGGACAUCUGAUCUGAUCUCAGACCAGCUGCAGUAAACAUCUGCACAGCGGGUCCGUGAACGCACCACCAGGACUCUCUCUCCGUGUCUCGGUGUUUUUCUGCCGGUCUGAGGUGUGAAUGAUGCCGGACCAGAUCUCAGUGUGUGAGUUCCUGUCCGAGACCACCGAGGACUACAACUCCCCCACCACGUCCAGCUUCACCACCCGGCUGCAGAGCUGCAGGAACACCGUCAGCAUCCUGGAAGAGGCUCUGGAUCAGGACCGCUCAUCGCUGCAGAAGGUGAAGAAGUCUGUUAAAUCGAUCUACAGCUCAGGAACAGAGCAUGCUGGGAACCAGGAGAGCUUCAGUCAGGCUCUGGAGCGACUGGGAGGAAACAACCCUGAACUCGGAGCAGCCUUCGUUAAGUUUUCCUGCCUUGUUAAAGACCUCGCCUCUCUGCUCAAAAACCUGCUGCAGAGUUUGAGUCAUAAUGUCGUCUUCACUCUGGACUCACUGCUGAAGGGAGACCUGAAAGGAGUCAAAGGGGAUCUGAAGAAGCCAUUUGAUAAAGCCUGGAAGGACUACGAGACCAAGCUCUCAAAGAUCGAGAAGGAGAAGAGAGAACACGCUAAACAACACGGGAUGAUCCGGACGGAGAUCACUGGAGCUGAGGUUGCAGAAGAGAUGGAGAAAGAGAGGCGGCUGUUCCAGCUGCAGAUGUGUGAGUAUCUGAUCAAAGUCAAUGAGAUAAAGACAAAGAAGGGCGUGGACCUGCUGCAGAACCUCAUCAAGUAUUACCAUGCUCAGUGCAGUUUUUUUCAGGAUGGUUUGAAAACAGCCGACAAACUGAAGCAGUACAUCGAGAAGCUGGCAGCCGACCUGUUCAAUAUCAAACAGAGUCAGGAUGAAGAGAAGAAGCAGCUGACGACUCUCAGAGAUCUCAUCAAGAGCUGCUUACAGCUGGACCAGAGGGAGUCCAGGAGAGACUCUCAGAGUAAACAGACUGGGUACAGUAUGCACCAGCUGCAGGGAAACAAGGAGUUCGGCAGUGAGAAGAGAGGAUACCUGCUGAAGAAGAGUGACGGGCUGAGGAAGGUCUGGCAGCGCAGGAAGUGUUCAGUGAAGAGCUGCACCCUCACUAUCUCUCAUGCUACAUCUAACAGACAGCCGGUCAGAUUGAACCUGCUCACCUGUCAGGUGAAACCCAGUGCAGAGGACAAGAAAUGCUUCGACCUCAUUUCCCAUAAUCGAACGUAUCACUUCCAGGCUGAAGAUGAGUCAGAGUUUGUCAGCUGGGUGUCUGUGCUUACCAACAGUAAGGAGGAGGCCCUGAAUGUAGCGUUUCAGGGUGGAGGUCAGAGUUCAGGUGUGGAGGAGGAGGAGCUCACCAAGAGCAUCAUCGAUGAGGUGCUGCGGUCGCCAGGCAACGACGCCUGCUGCGACUGUGGAGCCGCAGGUCCUCGUUGGAUCUCCACUAACCUUGGUGUUCUGACCUGCAUCGAGUGUUCAGGGAUCCACAGAGAGAUGGGAGUCCACGUGUCCCGAAUCCAGAGUCUGGAACUGGACAAACUGGGAACCUCUGAACUGCUGCUUGCUAAGAAUGUUGGGAACUGUAGUUUUAAUGACAUCAUGGAGGCGGGCCUGUUGUCCCUGAAGCCGACGCCCUCCAGUGACAUGACGGCGAGGAAGGAGUUCAUCAACGCCAAGUACAUCGACCGCCAGUUUGUCAGGCGUACCAUCUCCAUGGCGUCCAGCGGUCUGGAAGAGGUGUGUGAAGCAGUGCAGUCCAGAGACCUGCUGUCAAUCAUCCAGCUGUAUGCUGAGGGGGUGGAGUUACUGCAGCCCCUCCCUGAACCUGGACAGGAGGCAGGAGAGACGGCAUUACAUCACUGUGUUCGGACAGCUGAUCAGUCCUCGCUCCACCUGGUCGACUUCCUGGUUCAGAACAGUGGUAACCUGGACGGACAGACGGACGGAGGAAACACAGCUCUGCAUUACUGUUGUUUGUACAACAAACCACAGUGUGUGAAACUGCUGCUGAGAGGAAAACCUGACCUCCACAUCACCAAUCAGAGUGGAGAGACAGCGCUGGACAUUGCCCGCAGACUGAAGAACGCCCAGUGCGAAGAACCGCUGGUGGAGGCAGUUUCUGGCAGGUUCAAUCCACAUGUUCAUGUUGAAUACGAAUGGAACCUGAGACUGGAUGAACUGGACGAGAGUGACGAUGAACUUGACGAUAAGCCCAGCCCGGUGAAGAGGGAGCGUUCCCUCCGUCCUCAGAGCUUCUGUCCGGCCUCCAGCGCUUCCUCUCAGGACAAGCUGUCUCUGCCGGCCUGCUUCGUUCCUCCUCACAGGGACAAACUGCGUCUCUCCUAUGGGGCAUUCGCCAACCCCGUCUACAGCACCUCCUCUGACAACCCUCCAUCCCCCGGGCCCGACACCUCAGGACCUACACCAGCAGCCAGGAGCCAGGGGAAAGGCCCCACCACAGCCCCACCCACAUCCCUUCCCCUCACCUCUCAGAUUAGUGGAGGAGGAGGAAGCUGGGCAGCAGGCGGAGGAAGCUCAACCCUGAAAAAGAGACCCCCUCCCCCUCCACCUGGACACAAGCGCACCCUGUCUGACCCCCCCAGUCCAGUCCUGCAGGGACCAUCAGGUAAAGGAAGUGAGCAGACCCCCCCACCUGGAAGCAGGAGCAAGUUUGAGGGGAUCCAGCAGCAGCAGAGUACAACCUCCAGUAACACCAAGUCGACGCUGGGGCCCAGAGUUCUUCCCAAACUGCCUCAGAAAGUGGCGUUGAGGAAGAUCGACACUGUCCACCUCCCAUCUGUGGACAAGUCCAUCCCUCCUCCAGACCUCCUCCACAAACCCUCCUCCUCCUCCCAGCCUGACCCCCAGAAGUCUCCUCCCUUCAUUGACGCCUCCCCUAAACCCUCCCCCACCCAGGUGGACUCAACCCAACGAGCCCCAUUGGCUGAGAAGCCCCAGCUGUCAGACCUUCCCCCUAAGCCUCACCUGUCCGACCUCCCACCUAAGCCCCUCCUCAGAGACCUCCCCCCAAAACCCCAGAUCACAGACCUCCCGCCCAAACCCGCCCUCAGAAACAAGUCUGGCAACACUCCUGUUGCUAAGGAGACACAGGGAUCCAAGAUGGCGGUGUUGGCUGAGAGCCAGUCAUCCAACCUGCAGGGGGAGUUGUCACCUCAGCUGGUUGCUGAUGGUGAUGAUGAGUUACCCGCCGGCGCCACAGAGACGCCCAUCCCUCUGCCGCGAAAAAUCAACUCUGUGAAGAACAAGAUCCGCAGAGUGAAAACCAUCUACGACUGUCAGGCCGACAACGAUGACGAGCUCACCUUCACAGAAGGAGAGGUCAUCAUCGUCACAGGGGAGGAGGACCCAGAGUGGUGGGGCUGUGCAGGUGUCGGCAGCUCUGAACUCGCUGGCCUCAGGUCUUCCGGUACCACAACACACAGGUGCACCAGGUCUCCUUCACAGGUCCGACUCUGCCACGGAACGGUGCUGAAAGUUGAUUGAUCCAGGGUCUGUGAUUGAGUAUUGGACACAUCGAGGGACAGCCGGAGAGGAGAGGCGUCUUCCCCAUGUCCUUCGUUCACAACCUCUGUGAUUGACAGCUAGAGAGACAGGCCCCGCCCACCUGCUGACGUCACAUUGAUGAAAGUGGGCUGAAUUAAUCAAAGAAAUAAACAAGCCUCAAUAACUGAAAAUAGACUGUAAAUAGACUUUAUUACUCUGCCUGACAGAGUGGAAGCAGCAUGCAGACAGAGAGGUCAGAGGUCAGUAACACCUGGCCGAGCAGCUCAUCACCACCAGCCAGCGACACAGAAGCACAAGACAAACGGCGUUAAGAGUAGAAUGGAAGCACAACGUUAAAGAGCCCAUCAUCAACACAAUCAAUGCCCCUCUCAACCAAUCCCAGCUCACAUUGGGCACCUUAGAGGUACACCUGCACAGGUAACCAGUCUACCGCCAAGAUUAUGUCUGCUGCAGCACGAGUCCAUGUCACGUUCUCCGAGUCUUCAGUCCCCAUCAGAGACCGACGUCCACAACUAGUGACUGUGUGCUGGUUGACUGACCCGUGUGUCUGUCGCUUGGCAGCGAGGAGUCACUGACAGUCUGAGACCACAUUGAGAAACCAACUCAGGGUCCACAUCAGAGUCCCAUCACAUCCAGACUGAAGGUCUGUAAGGGGGCCGAGCUGGAACUGUAGAACUGUACAGAAACCGGAUGAGUGGAAUCAGAGUGAUCAGUAGAUCAAUACAUCGAUCUGAGGUCACUGAAUAAACAACACAAGAGUCCAAUCAGCAGCCGUCCUGUCAGAACCAGUCCACAACAGAGGACAAGCAGCAGGUUCUGAUCCACCUCUCAUGAGGAGACGAGGACUAACAGUGGAGGUGAAGAAGUGUCAGUGACAGAAGUGUGUAGGUCAGGAGACACAACGACACCACAGUGACUCACAGCCACCGUGAGGCCUGGUGGUGGAACAUGUUCUCAGACUCCACUCUGACGGAGGAGAAGCAGCUUCAGAAACAGGCUCCACCUCUGGUUGGAUCUUUGUGGAGGAGGCUUCAUCAGCAGCAGGGCCAUGAGGCCAGACACCUGUCAGGAGUUGGACGAAGACGUGCAGACAGACGACCUCAUCCAGCUGAACAUCAGCUGGAUCAGAUGAUCACCAGCAAGUAAAGCAAGUAAAGAGACUGACAGAGGUCCGUUGGACCCGGUCCAAUGGUUCAGAGUCAGCGUGAGUGUCUCCAGUGUAUGUAACACACUUCACACCUGCCACCUGUCUGUCUGCACACGUCCUCUACAGCCCACCUGUCUGUCUUAUUAAAUGAGAAGUCUGUUGUUUUUUGAUGAGAAGAUGAAGCUUCAGUGACUGAAAAAAUGUUUCUAUGUGGCGGACCCUGCCACAUAUCUAGCUUCAAACAGUGUUGUGGUACCUGGUUCUCCUCUGAGAGCAGCUGGUUGAUGGAGGCAGUUUGUAUUAGUACUUCAUUAAUAUUUUAAAGAUUAAAAUUCUGACUUUGAAUUUCUCCUUUAAAACUACAUAAUGCUCCUUUAAAGUUUGACUCUCCCUCAUGAUUCAUCCAGAGAACUACAACUCCCAGAGUGCAUUUCUGCAAGAAAGGACUUUACUGUUAUGGAGGAGGACUGAGGGUCGCCCCUGUGAGACAGCUGCUGGUAGAACAGAGAGACAUCAAUCAAAGUGAUUUAUCAUCUGUCAAAUCAUUUUUUUAAAUCAAUGACACUUGAAAACUCUGUAUAAGUUUGUAGAAGUAAUCUGAUUUCUUUGUUUCUGAUUACUCUCAUGGUGGCUUUGAAAUCGAUUUACUUAUUGAUUAGGAUGUGACACGAUUUAAAAAGUUAAACUCUCUUUAAAUGAAUGAACAUGAACUAAUACAUUAACUUGAUUUAUUGUUCAUCAGUCUAAAACCUUUAAUAUACGAAUCCAGUCACGUCCCAUUAAUGGACCCAGUUCUGUGAACGCGUCAGGUACCAGUUAAAGGACCUGUAGUUAUUUUAAUGAAAAUCAGUUUUUAUAAUAAUAAUAAUAUGAUAAUAUAAUCUCGUAGUUCCUCUUCGGUCCUUGAUUUGUUAGCUGAUGACUUUUCAAGUAAAGAGAGUAAUUAAUGAACUUCUGUGAUUAAAUGAUUCAUUCAUUCAGACUGUUGAUGGUAACCGCUCACUUUGACUGAUGAGGUGAAUCUGUGAUGAAGUGGACGAGUUCAGAAUGAAUCUGAUCAGAUUAAAGGAACAGUGCAACAUUUCCUCCAGCUGUUCAGUCUCAGCUGGUCACAUGUUGCUGCAGCGUCAGUGUGAAUAAUCAUGUUGUGUAGAGACUUCAGCUGCAUGUUGGCUUUAUUUAUUCUGUAUUUUAAAACUCAACAUAAAUGAUAAACAGCUGAACGAUCGGCAUUCAUUAAAUCCUGAUCAUUAACUAACGGUAGCAGACUGUUAAGUGGACACCGUGCACAUGCUCAGUUGUUACCGUGGAGACACAAAAAACUAAAAAACACUAAUGAAAAUAUAAAAUUAUGGUCAAGGCAUCAUUAUGAGCAAGUAAAGGAUGCCAUGUCAUGAAGGCUAACACGCUGCUAACUGCAAACAAAUGCUAUCAUACAAAGUUAAGCAUGUUAGCUACUUAGCAUAGCAUAAUUAAUUACAGGAGAAAUGUAUCUUACUAAGUGUUAUGUUCAGUUAAAUAAGACGCUAACCUGUAACAUGCUACGCUAACCUGUAACAUGCUAUGCUAACCUCUGUCAUACUACGCUAACCUGUAACAUGCUAUACUAAACUCUCACAUGCUAUGCUAACCCCUAACAUGCUAGGCUAACAUACCCCAAUGUUGUCCGGAGGGACAGAAUGAGCAGAUAUUAAACAUGUUGUUAAAACUGAA